CACGCCUCUCUCUCUCCCUCCCUCCCUCUCUCUCUCUCUCUCUCUCCCUUUAUCCGUGCAGCUCUCUCUACCCCGCCCGCUCACUCCCGUGUCGGCGUCUCUCUGCAGCAGCAGCCGCGCUGUCACUGCCACCGCACCGGGGGGGGAUGUACUGACACCACGGAGCGGACCGGGAGCCACCAUCUCCACCACCUCCAUCACGCCGCGUCCCCCUGCUUGUUUCCGGGGCUUUUUUCUUCUUCUCCCCCCCCCCUGACCCAGCAUCCGGAGGUGCAACCGGGUUGUUGUUGUUGUUUUUGGGGGAUUCGCAGCAUCGCUCUGUGCUCUUCGCUUGUGGAUUAUUGAUUAUUGUUCCUGCUCCUCGUCGACACAGAAAGGGUGAAAUGGAGGAGUCCAGCGCCCAGAAGUUGGUGUGGGACGGGGACGCCAAAGCGGUGCAGCAGUGCCUCACGGACAUCUUCACCAGCGUCUUCACGACGUGCGACAUCCCAGAAAACGCGAUCUUCGGGCCGUGCGUGCUGAGCCACACGUCGCUGUACGACAGCAUCGCCUUCAUCGCCCUGAAGUCCACCGACAAGCGCACGGCCCCGUACAUCUUCCGGGUGGACACGUCGGCGGCCAACAGCACCUCGGAGGGCUUGAUGUGGCUGCGGCUGGUCCAGUCCGCCCGGGACAAAGAGGAGCAGAACCUGGAGGCCUACGUGAAGAACGGCCAGCUCCUGUACCGCUCGCUCCGCCGCAUCGAGAAGGACGAGGAGCUACUGGUCUGGUACGGCAAAGACCUCGUGGACCUGCUGCUGCUCAGCGCCUGCCGGGCGCCCGCCAAGAGCAAAGGUUCGUCCCACCACUCGUGUCCGGACUGCAGCCAGCGCUUCCAGUUCGAGUUCCCGUUCUUGGCCCACCUCCGGUUCCGUUGCACCAAAAGGUUGCAGAGCAUCGCGGGGGCCGACGAGGAGCCCGGCAAAGAGAGCGGCGCCGAGCGGGCGAACGCCACCCCGACCAGGACCAGCCCCAAGCUGGGCCGCUCCGAGGGGUUCGGCGCCGCCGCCGGCGCCGGCAGUGCUGCUCAGGACGGCAACAAACCCUCCACAGACUUUCACAACCUGGCCAGGGAUCUAGAGAACAACCGGACCAGCCCGCCCAGCGACAAGGAGGCCGAGAUAUGCAGCGAGAGCUCGGGGAAGAGGAAGUUCUCGGAGGUGGAGGACCGGGAGCGCCGGGGUCCCAGCCUCCUGCAGUCCAAGUCGAAAGACGAGCUUGCGACGUCGGCGCAGAACUACAGAGGGGCGUACGGCCUGGAGGAGAACCACAAGUCCUUCUCCCCGCCGGGCGCCACGGAACUCGGUCAGGGCAAGCGCAGCGCCUUCACCGAGGUCAAGAAGACUCCCCAGAACCUCAAACACCACGGCGGCGGCAGCAAAAACCUCCAGGGCGCCAACUCCGAGAACAAAGACGGCGGCCGCCCCAGCAGCACCCCGUCCGAGAAGCACCUCAACAUCCGGCAGGUGCUGUCGGAGACCCAGCCGCCGCAGGCCUCGCCGAUGGGCAGCGCUUUCACCUCCGUCGCCCAGCAAGGCGGCGGAGGUGAGAGGAAGAGCGCCUUCAGCCAGCCGUCGCGCUCCUUCUCCCAGAUCUCGCCGCUGGUGAUGCCGACCAAGCUGCUGGACUGCCACCCGGCGGUGGGCGACACCAUCUCCUCCAGCCGGCUCUACCAGGCCGACCACCUCGCCGCCAAGCUGCAGGGCGCGGAGCUGGGCGCCAACUGCCCCGUGCCGGGCGGCAUGGCCAAGCAGAACCCCUUCGUCUACGCCACCACCUUCUGGCCCAAGAACUCCGGGGCCAUCCAGCUGCAGAUGCCGUCGGCGCUCACCCUGCUGCCGCCCUCCUUCACCUCGCUCUGCCUGCCGGCGCAGAACUGGUGCGCCAAGUGCAACGCGUCCUUCCGCAUGACCUCGGACUUGGUUUACCACAUGCGGUCCCACCACAAGAAGGAGUUCGCCAUGGAGCCGAUGGUCAAGCGGCGGCGCGAGGAGAAGCUCAAGUGCCCCAUUUGCAACGAGUCCUUCCGGGAACGGCAUCACCUGUCACGUCACAUGACCUCCCAUAACUGA